AUGUGCGUCAGCGCCAUCUCCACCCCGCUCCCUGUCCGCGCGCUCUACACAACGACAUACACAAACGGCGUGUCUUCUUCUUUCUACGAACAAGUCAUAAACGACCAAUCCACCGUGUCAAACAUGACAACCAUGACCCGCGGCACCGCCAUUGCAGAUCCGCUGUAUGUCGCCUGGGAAGCAAAGGACUUGUCGCUCUUCCCCGUCGCAUACGCAACCUCUCUCGCGCAGAAGAUCGGCGUAGACUUCACGCCGACGCCUACACCAGCGUUGACAAACUCUGCUGGCCAGCGCGUGGAAACAAACCCACCCAAUACCGCCGACACCGACUCAGGUCUCUCGAGCGGCACGAAAAUAGGGAUAGGCGUUGGCGCGGGUGUCGGUGCUGCGCUGCUCAUCGCGCUCAUCGCGGGAUUCUUGGUCAUGUGCCGGCUGCGGCGGCGCAGGCGCGCGGUGGAUGUGUAUCCGAAUGAAAGCACGCCGGCGAUCGAGAGCGGCGGGGUUGUGAAGAGUAAGUGGUAUCAGAGGGGGAGGACGCAGGAGGAGAUGGAGAUGCAUGAUGCGGGGGGGUCGAAUGAGUUGGAUAGCAUGCCUGUGCAUUAUGUUUCGGGAGAGCCGGUGGAGUUGGAGGGCGAGGGGGUGAGGGUGAGGUAUUAG